AUGACGACCCAAGGCGGAUCGAAGAUAUUCAAGGCGUCCACGCCUAUCGAACUGUUUCCCGAUCACAUACCCAGCAAUCAGCGUUCAAGUACCGCCGACCCAAAGCACAGAAAUGGUUCCACCGCCAACUCGAACGUUAGCGACAGAGGAUGGACAGAGAAUCAUGAAGCUGAAGGAUAUAAAAUACGACAAUACCUCACACAUACCGGAACUUCCCAGACCACGUUCAACACUUCUAGGAAUGGCGCAACGUCUGCUUCCAGCAAUCGUUCUGUGCAGGGCGAUGGCGAGGUCACGAGAAUGGGCGGCGGCGAGUCGUAUAGGCCUACAGCUCGGCCCAGAUCACCUCUACGUGUUAGGUCACCAAUUAUAAGAGCAGAUACAUAUCGAGCCGGCGACCGUGACAGGGCAAAAACACCACCCGCAAGCGAUAGUUGGCACCCGGGCAAUAGAGAUCGCUCUCCCAGGCGAAGAUCCAGAACACCACCUCGCCGCGAGCGAUCGCCAAUGAGGGACAACUGGCGCUCCAGAGCUCGGUCGCCACCGCGUGCAAGAAGCCCGCCUCGUAGAUUCUCCCCUAGGAGAGACGACGACCGUAGAGCAAGAUCACCCCCAAGAAGGGACGAAAGGCGACGCUCACGAUCUCCCAUUGACCGGAGCCGACCACUCCCUCGAAACAGAUCACCACUGCCACGAAGAUCACCUCCAGCUGGCCCAAGAGGAGGUUAUUUUAGACAAAGAUCCAGAACUCCAGACCGUCGAGAUGACCGCCGUGAUCGACCCCCUGCAGGACCAAGUGCUUCGACCUGGAGAAGACGCUCUCCAUCACCACACAAUCGCGAAUCAGACAGAUCAUCUGGUAGGACUUCAACCAGCAACUCUCGACGUUCGUCGCCCCAUGUUCAUCCUGACCGGCUACCUAUUACGCAAAUUGCUUCACGUGAUUCAAGAGCACGUUCACCUCCCCGAGCUCGGUCUCCCCCUCCACAGCGACCUAGAUCACCCUACGCACAGCGUCCACGCUCCCCUCCUACUCGCGCUCGAUCUCCUCCAAACCAGCGAGCUAGAUCCCCCCCAAUAAGAGCUAGAUCGCCUCCUACGUAUAGGAGAGAUGAAUCCACUAGAUCACCGCCUCGGGAGCGCUCUCCUCCGCCACAGCGCACCCGGUCACCCUCUCUGCAAUUGGCCUACAGGGAUAGAGAAAGGGACUCUACAAGAUCUACACCUCGCGAUCGUUCUCCUGCCAGGUCUGUCGCUCGAUCACCGCCUCGUGGCCCAGCAGGCUUUAGGGCACCAACCGGUCCAAGCGGUGGUAGAAAUUUUACUGCUCCUGUCCACUCUACAAGUGCCCCAGUAUCGAUUUCUGCCCACAACCGCCCGGAAAACAGUGGACCUGCGAUUCCUCCGUCUGGACCGCGUGGUUUUGUUCCAACUUCGCGCGGAGGUGGGGGAUUUAUGCGAGGGGGUAGAGGCUCUUUUGCCGGGGAUAGACCAAGCCGACCUGACACUGGAGCGUGGGGUGCAGCGCCUCCAAGUCGUAGUGUGCCUCCAGUAACCACGCGUGACAGUACUCCUACUGCAAAGCCCGCACAAACGCCUUCUCCAUCCAUAUCAUCUGGUCCAACAGUUGCAUCGAUACCUACUGGGCCAUCGGGAGGUAUUCCCACUGGCCCCCGUGCUGGUGUCGCUACGCGGCCAUCUCUACAGCACAGCUCGAGCGUCUAUGGCAGUCGUUCUACACCAAGCGUGGCAGCCGGUCCACGUCCUCACCCAGCAAUGGCCAAUAUUCCACCUAUCAUAAAAGAUGGAAGAAUAGAUCCGACCGCAUCGGGUGUCCCCGCUGAUAUAGCGAUGAAGCUGAAGAAAAAGGAAGAAGAAGCUGAGCUACUGAGGGAAGAGCUACAUAUCAAACAAGAAAAACUAAGACAGAGCUUAAAGGGAUGGGAUAAGUUAAGCAGGGAAAGUGCGGCAAUGGGAUUGAAGAGCGAGUUGAGUGAGCGGCACGUAAGGCUGUUAGCUGGUGAGGGUGUUGGUGGUGCAGCAUUUUAA